AUGUCAAUACUCCUGCCGUUUCACAAAUCAAUACUUGAGGAGAUUCAUGACCCUGCAACUUCAGACUUGCUAAUCCUUGCUCGUGGACUUGGACUUCGUCGUAUCAUAUGCACGCUCAUGCAAAUAUAUGACUCAAAGCAAAGCCUUAUUUUGCUCUUAAACGCCUCGCCAGAAGAGGAGACAGCUAUUGGGGAUGAACUAGGUAUCAUGGGGUGCAGGCGGCCCGGAUUGCGAAUUGUGAGUUAUGAGAUGGGAAAGCGGGAUAGACAGGACCUCUACAAGAAUGGCGGCCUCAUUUCUGUCACCUCUCGCAUUCUUAUCGUUGACGUGCUGCAAUCCGACAUUCCAACGGAGCUCAUAACGGGUAUAAUCAUUUUACAUGCUGAAAAAUUUCACGAAGACGUUAAGAAAACCCUCGAAACCCGCAAAGCAGAUGUUAUCGAAUUGUAUCAGCAUCUUACAGAGCCUAUGGAGGCGAUUCACCAUGCGAUAGUCCAAUGUAUGACCGUCACCCUUUCCGAGCUCAAGAGAUCUAACAAGACACUUGAGCUUGAUGAUCUUAAUGUAGAGUCCGCAUACUUCCGCUCCUUUGAUGCAGUAGUCCGCAGGCAAUUAGACCCCGUAUGGCACAAGGUCGGCCCACGGACGAAGCAACUUGUGGGUGACCUCGCGACGCUCAGACGUCUAUUAACGUACCUGUUGUCCUAUGACGCUCUCGCUUUUCACGCAUACCUUGAAACUCUUGUAGCCUCGAAUACUACAACCGCGACCGGUGCAGCUAAACAACACCAAUCCCCUUGGAUGCUCACCGAUGCGGCUAACAUCAUUUUUAGCACUGCAAAACGACGGUGUUAUGUCCUUACUGCUCCAAAACCCACGGCUUCGGUUCCCGAUAGGCGAGUGAUUGACAUUGACGAUGAAGAUGCAUGGGCUGCACUUGAUGAGGCGCACGGUAUAGCGGGAGGCAAUAGUAGAGAUAACGGGAAGCAGAAGGAAAAGGAAAAGAAGAAUUCAUGGGUUCCGGAUAACAUGUCUCCAGUGCUCGAAGAGCUUCCAAAGUGGGAUCUCCUUGCAGACGUACUUCAAGAAAUUGAGGAAGAAUUGAUGAGACAGGAGGCAUUGUCAACUCGUCCGCCAACUCGCGGGACAAACAUGGUACUUGUCAUGACCUCCUCUCCACGUUCUUCUACCCUCGUGAGUGAGUUCCUGGGGGAGAUGGACGGCACUGCACCGAAAGGCUCUCGUGGGCGAUCUAUGAUGGAGCACAAAUUGCGCAGAUACCUCUAUUGGAAAGGCGAGAACGCCAGACAAAAAAAUCCAAGGUACCAACAACCAGCUCAGUUUUCUGCCCCGCAGCCACAGCCAUCAUUGCAACCCGAGGGCGAGAUUAGUGAGGCUUUGAGGAGGAAGGACAAGACGAGACAAGAACGAAGUGCGAAUCGGAGAAGGAUGCGUGGUGGUGCACCAAUGACUGUUGCACCGAGUAAACCAGCGGUUGUCGAUCCAAAAGUGGAGUCGAUAGACGAUGCAGAUGAUAUCGCAGCCUUUCUCGCAAGUCAACCUUCAGACUUUCUUGUCUCCUCCGAUGCAGACGCUCUCCUCCUUGAAACGCUUCUCUCAAGCGGGGCGGAAAUAGACUUUGACACGCACUACGGCUUGCUUGCACCCUCGCAGACGGUUAUUGUGCGUGCAUAUACCGAUGACAUGGACGACCAGAUUCUCGCAGAACUACAGCCGAGAUUUAUCGUGAUGUUUGAACCCAACCUUGAUUUCGUGAGGCGCAUCGAGGUGUACAGAAACUCGAACCCUGGUAUGGGCGUCCGUGUAUAUUUCAUGGUCUAUCAACUCUCUUGCGAGGAGCACAAGUACCUUGCUGGACUGAGGCGCGAGAAGGAGUCUUUCGAGAAGCUGAUCAAGGAACGCGGAUCUAUGCUCCUGCCGAUCUUCGAGGACAAGCACGCUGGGAAAAGCGAUGCAGUCAUCAAAACAAUCAGUACCCGUCUCGCAGGCGGAAGGAAGGAGCUGAGUACUGUGGCAUCGCAGGUUAUCGUCGACAUGCGCGAAUUCCGUUCAACACUACCUUCGCUUCUUCACGCAUCUGGCCUGCUCGUUAUUCCGGCGACGCUGACUGUCGGGGAUUAUAUCCUCACGCCAGAUAUUUGCGUCGAGAGGAAGAGCAUACCUGACUUAGUAGCGAGCUUCAAUAGUGGUCGAUUGUACACACAAUGCGAGCUGAUGUCGGUGCACUAUAAGCAGCCUAUAUUGCUCAUUGAGUUCGAGGAGAACAAGGCGUUCUCACUUGAGACCGUAGCAGAAUCAGCGAAAUCAUAUGCUAAACCCACGAACAAAUAUCCUGCGAAGAAAUCAACAGGUCCAACGGAUUCUGAUCGCGCUCCACCCUCUGUUCAAUCCAAACUUGUUCUCCUUGUGCUCCACUUUCCUCGUGUUCGAAUCAUAUGGUCGUCGUCCCCCUAUGGUACGGCAGAUAUAUUUAACGAUCUCAAAGCCAACGCCUUCGAGCCGGACCCUAACCGCGCGAUUGCAAUUGGCGCCGAGGAAGACCCAGAGGCUGGCGCAGGCAUCAACGCUGCUGCAGAGGAGCUGCUGCGAUGUCUACCAGGAGUGACGGCGAAGAAUGUCAAAUAUGUGAUGAGCAAGGUGGGGAGUGUCAGGGAAUUAUGCGAGCUGGAAAGAAAGGGCGUGCAAGGUAUUUUGGGUGUUGAGCCGGGGAAUGCUUGUUAUGACUUUAUGCAUCGGGGGGAGAGGAAAAAAGGCGCUUUAUGA